UAAUUUUAGUCCUUCUGUGCGUGAAACCUUGAUCCACAUUUACGGAUUCAAACACAGUAUUUUUUAUCAUAUGAUUUAGGGAAUAAUACACUGAUGCUAAGUACUUGGAGAAAUGUCCAGUGAAGACAAGAAAGCGAUUGCCACCAAUGAACGCAACGAAGAAGACAAGCAAUGUUGCCCGAAUGUGAAUCGGAAACUCUUAAUUCCGAAAGCGUUUUACUUCUUUUUCUUUUCUGCCUGGGGAUCACUUCUGCCGUACUUAGCUUUGUAUUUUAAACAGCUGAUGCUUUCACCGAGCGAAGUAGGAAUCCUUAUGGGCCUGAAGCCGUUUGUGAACUUUCUUGUUAUUCCAAUAUGGGGCGCCAUAGUGGACAAAUGUCAAAAGAGUAAAGUGGUUAUGGUUAUUUCUAUCAUCGCCUUAAUUACAUCCACUUUCACUCUAAGUUUGGUUCCUGGACCAAAAAAGAACAAAGUAGUGGUUAAACGAUUUUGUAACAUGACUGCUCCAAGAUAUUCUAGCCUGAUUGACAUACACAGACCCGUUAUUGAUAGCCCAAACUUGGAGUUUCCCGAACCAGGAAUUGACAAGAUGGUGGAUAUAGGGAAAGGUCAAGAACACUAUAUGCCUUUCUUUUACAAAGGCCCCAAGCCUUGGUCUCUUGAACUUUUCAUCAACUUAGACGAAAAGACCACUGUUAGGGUAGAAUUGGAUACAACACAGUGUUUUAUGACAUUAUUUUUGAUAACCUUUUUCGGUACUUUGAUUUCUGCACCGACGUUGGCUUUGGUCGACACAGCCACACUACAACUUCUAGGCUCGGAAACCUACAAGUACGGCAUGCAGAGACUCACGGGAUCGAUUGGUUGGGGUGUCGGUGCUUUCGUCGUCGGCGCCUCCCUUAAAACGACCCACCAAUGUGGUAAAGAUAAAGACUACGAGAUCGUAGAUUACGUUCCCUGUUUUUAUACUUUCGCUGGUUUAAUGUUUCUGGGCUUGAUAACGGCCACGCAGUUUAAAUUUGAGGAGAAAUCGAAGAAGUCAAAGGGAGCAAGUCUUAGUGUUGGGCUGCAAGCUUUGAAAAGUCCAACAUAUCUCAUGUUUCUCUUCACAGCGUUAUAUUUAGGCUUUUUGAUGGCAUUUAUAAAAACAUUCCUUUUCUGGCAUCUCAAGGAUCUGGGUGGAAGUCAGCUACUUUUUAGCAUCAUUUCCGCAGUUAACUGUUUCGCGGAAGUCAGUAUGUAUUUUCUUUCCGCCAAACUAAUCAAACGAAUUGGUCACGCGAAGGUUUUAUACCUAGGACUAAUCUGUUACUCAAUUAGAUUGUUCUAUUAUUCAGCCAUUCCAAUCCCGUGGAUGGUCCUGGCUGUUGAGUUACUUCCUGGUAUAACAACAGCAGCAGUCUGGGCUGCUUGCCUCUCCUACGUCAGCAUCAACUCGGGACCUGGCGCUGCCACAACAAUGCAGUGUAUUUUGCAUGGAGUGCACUGGGGCCUCGGUUACGGUGCGGGAGAGGUGAUUGGAGGCAUAAUGGUGCAUCAUUACGGUGCGCCGACGACAUUUAUCAUUUUCGGUGUUUUAUGUCUAGUUAUCUUAGGCGCAUAUAUUUUAAUUAACUACUUCUGCGGGUCCAGAGAUGGAAAACAAGGCUGCAGUGCAGACUCUGAAUACUCAGAAAUAAGUGACGAUGACAGUAAAAGAUACAGCAUGGCUUCUAGCCACAUUGAAGAAGCUUGCAGUACAGUACACGGUAUAAAGACAGUUAUGACAGAAAAUGCUCCGGAUGAAACUCAAAAAGGUCAUCAUGACAUUGAAGAAAGCGAGAAAAAGAAGGAAGGCUGUUGCGCUGUCAAUAAGGUUUACUUGGUUUCCAAAGGAUUCUAUUUCUUCUUCUUCUCUGCCCAGGGAUCAUUGUUACCCUAUUUGGCCUUAUUCUUUAAACAACUCGAGCUGCCUGCACGUCAAAUCGGAGCAAUUACAGGGAUUAAACCUUACAUCGCUUUCUUCUUCAUUCCGUUUUGGGGAUGCGUCGCUGAUAGAUUCAAGAUAGGAAAGAUAAUGUUUGUUAUCUCUAUGAUCGCUCUCAUAGCAGGCAUGGUCGCUUAUGCUCUUGUUCCCAUCAAUAUCUGUGAAUCAGAGCCAACAGAAGCUCACAGUAAGCGAGCCCUCUCACAGGAGUCCAACAGAGCGACCUACUCAUAUAAACUUCACAGACGUUCCACCUGGUAUGCAUCAUCACAAUCCCCAGUUACCAAAUCAACAACCAACAUAGAUACACAGUCAAGAGUCGUUGAUAUAGUGGAACCAAAAAAAUCAAGAUCAAAACGAGCGGCUCUUUUCCUACGGAGGCACUCCCACAUACCUAAUCUGAUACAAAAAGUAUCCCCGAUAGGGUUAAACGAACAAAUGGUAAAAUUUAAUCAGCUAACUGGCAGAGCAGCGCGACGAAAACGGAACAAUUUUACGACCUCCUUAGACAGCGUUUCAGAAAUGGCUGACGAGUCCCUCGAGGAAACGCCUUGGUCUCAGUCAGAUAUGAUAGCCUUGCAAGACCAGAAAUCCAAGAAAACUCUAUCCAGAAAAAAUAAAUUUAUUUUCCUCUAUCUGUUAUUAGCAACAAUUUUCACCACCCUAUUGUCGUGUCCUAGUCUAACACUCGCGGACACAGCAACUGUGAACCUAUUGAAACAGAAUGGCGACACGCACAAGUAUGGUAAGCAGCGAAUGUGGGGUUCCGUUGGUUAUGGAUCCAUGGCAUUUCUAAUUGGUGCUGCGGUCAGCAAAACCCACCUGUGUCCUCCUGGCAGCGCAAGAAGAAAGGAUGUCAACUACUAUCCAUGUUUUGCCAUGUAUGUGGUGUUUAACAUCAUUGCUCUAGUGGUAGGAUCGAGAUUCGAAUUUGGUAAGAAUGGUAAACCAAAUAACAAAGAAACUGUUGGGGAUCCGAAAACAACAGAAGAUAAUGCACGUCAAAGCAAAGAGACGACUGGAAGCGGUAACCGAGGCAUAAUAGCGGGACUCAUGCUAUUGACACGACCAAGACAUGCAAUGUUUUUAGUUACCGCGUUCUAUGUCGGCAUUACCAUGGGUUUCAUCCGGGUAUUUCUAUUUUGGCACCUGAAAGACCUGGGUGGCACUCAGAUUCUCUUCAGUAUCAUGACGGCAAUCAACUGCGUUGCUGAAGUGACACUUUAUUUUCUUUCUACGAAGUUAAUUUCCUUUCUUGGCACUCUAAGGGUGCUCUACCUGGGGUUGACAUGCUAUGCCAUACGUUUGUUCUACUACGCAUUUGUUACCAAUCCUUGGACUGUCCUCCCAGUUGAACUGCUGUCUGGCAUUACCACCGCGGCUGUUUGGGCUGCCAUGAUGUCUUACGUGGGCACUCACUCUGUAGAAGGUGCCUCUGUGACUUUACAAGGUAUUUUGCAUGGUGUCCAUUGGGGUCUCGGUCAUGGAUCAGGAGAACUCAUCGGCGGACUGCUCAUAAGCAGCUUUGGUGCUCCCACUGCAUUUUCCAUAUUUGGAUCGCUGUGCCUAAUUUUAAUGGGCGUUUAUAUUUUAGUUAACCGUCUGACAAAUAACUUAGAAUGAAUUGUACUUCACUGAAACAGCAUCCUCAAAUGAACCGGACAUAUUCGAAAACUAUUAACAAAUUCUCACCAAAUGAGAUUACCAUGAUGUAAGCCACUUUAAACAUUGCACAACAUUUUCAGGCUUGAUAGACAACAAAUUGGCAUCAAAUUUGAUAAAUUCCAGUUGUAUAAAGGGCGUAUAACGCUAUGUAACGGAUAAAUCGCUAUCCAGCGGAUAAGUGAUAGCUAAACGUAUAGCGUUAUCCACCUGGUAGAGUUUUAUCCAGUAGAUAGUGUUAUCCAAUCUUAGAACAACCGGGGUCUGGUUGUUAAUUCGUUUCUUUAAAAGGGGCUUGUUGCAGUUAAUCAAGGCUUUGGUUUAUUUGAUACUGAGAGGCAUCAUCGAAUAUUCUUAGAGCGAAAAUGUACUUCCGUAUAUUCUUAUUUCCAAAAAAAACUCACUGAGGAAAGUUAGUCCUUUUACGACCUUGAACGAACUUUGUCUGCGGCAUUUUGUUUAGGAUUCAUCUCUGCUAUUCUCUGCCUGUCCUGAAGCCAGUUCAUAUCACUUGCUUUGUGGUCUUUUUCAACCACCUAACCAGUCUCUAUGGCUGGUCUGACAAAAAUAAAGCGUGGGAAGGCAAACACGCAGAAUUAUGAAACGGAAACACUUAUCUCUCCCGAUUGCAAAACAAAACGGUGUCGUAGAAGUGUUGUAAAACCCUAGGGAUAGGCACAUUCUGAGUAAAUAGCACGUUAAGUCGAAAAACUUUCUAAUUAAGUCAUAGAUGAUUAUGAAGUUAGUUUCCUUGCCUUACAAAGCCAUACAGGGGUAGUCAUAAACGUAUUCUGGCUGCACAGGAUGUAAAGUUAUGUCACAACAUUUCAUUGGGCCAAAAAUGAUCACGGCAUUGUAGUUUCGUCUUUACAAAAGUUUUCUUAAUUUGAAAUUAUUUAAAGAUUAGAAAUAGUAGCUAUUAAAUUGAAUUCGAUUUCGAGAUUUUUUUCUUUCCUUUCUUAUCAAAAUUUUCCUGCCAAUUCGUGAAAAUAAAGUCUCGAUAACUAUGCUUAUAAGCCGCUCGGAAAGUUAAGUUACAAUGGAUUGUAGUCACGAUAAGGUAUCGAGAAAUUUAAAAACUUUUGUGAGUUUAAUUCGUUAAGUUAAGUCGCUAUUAAGAAAUGGACUACUUGUCUCUCCGGAAAGCAUCAGUCCUAAACCUACGGGUUCAAUUCAAAUUCCGAGAACUAUUCACAAGUUUUCCGCUCUGAAAUAGACAUUGGUAGUUUCUCCGGAGGGCUGAAAUCCUGAACUUACAGGUUCAAGUUUUUAAAAACUGAAGCUCUAAAUACGUGUGAGCGCACUUUGAUAAACUAAGGCUACCUUAAUGUACCGGUCCAUAAGAUUCUGCGACCAUACCUGAUUGCGGAGACAAAACAGUUCCUAAAGCUGUGAUUAAAGGACUUUACAUCCUGUGAAAAUCGCUCUGAUAUUGAAGUCAAGGAUCAUAUGCUCGAUUUCAACACAGUUGUUGGUUUUGUCACAAAAAACGAAUCAGAAAGUUAAAAGCGAUUUGUUACACUGACUGGACUCCAGAAAGUAGGUUAUGGAAAGUUUUUCAAAUUGGCGUCGAUAUAAUUAAUUACUAGUUAAAACGAUUUCAGCUAAAUGAUGGCCAAGCAUGAUUAGAUUUUUGUAAUGAUGUAAAAUAGAAAUGCUUAAAUCGUAA